CCUAAAAAUAGGGUGAAAGAAGAAUUCAUUUUCAACUAUUAAUAGAUUUGCUAAAAUUGGGUCACUAAAUUUACAUUAUUAUUAGACCCCAAAAAGGACUUAAAAACACAAGUCUCUUUCAAAUUUUUCUGAAAAAAAAAAAAUGAGUUCCAGUAUUAAACUUGUUCUUUUUCAACAGCAGCAGUAUAAUCAAGGCUUCAAGAUUCUUGAUUUUCCUUCACUUCACAAAUCUCUUAAUUGUUUUCAUCAAUAUCCAGUUGUUUAUUUUUCCAAGAAAUGCUUCUACUCAUCAGGGGUACGAUUGAUUCCAUCAGCUAUACAAUCCACAUUGCCAAGUGGUAAUUCAAGACUGCUGGUCACUAGAUGUAUCUCAGAGAAGUUCUCCGAACCGCUUGGGCCUAGUGACUCUGAAUCACUUGAGAAUCUGAAACAAAAGGAGAACACCUUUUGGACAAUUUUGAAGGGAGCAAACUCUUUUCUGCCCCAUGUGGUUCUUGCUAGCACAAUUUUGGCUCUUAUCUAUCCACCUUCAUUUACUUGGUUCACCAGCAGGUACUAUGCCCCUGCAUUAGGAUUUUUAAUGUUUGCAGUUGGAGUCAACUCAAGUGAAAAGGACUUUCUUGAAGCUUUCAAGAAACCUGCUGCCAUUUUUGCUGGGUAUAUCGGUCAAUUUGCUCUGAAGCCAUUACUUGGGUAUCUUAUUGGCACAGUUGCAAUGACCUUAUUUGGUCUUCCAACUUCCUUAGCUGCAGGGAUUAUGUUGACCUCCUGUGUUAGCGGAGCACAGCUGUCAAACUAUGCUACUUUUCUAACCGAUCCACAAAUGGCCCCCCUUAGUAUAGUGAUGACAGCGUUAUCUACAGCUACUGCUGCUUUUAUCACUCCGAUUUUAACGUUAUUGCUUAUUGGUAAAAAGUUGCCUGUGGAUGUUAAGGGAAUGAUUUCCAACAUACUGCAAAUUGUUGUUGCACCCGUUGCUGGUGGACUGCUUCUGAAUAGAUUCUUCCCGCAUAUUUGCAAUGCUAUUCGGCCAUUGUUGCCUCCCCUAUCGGUUUUCGUGACUGCUCUCUGUGUUGGAGCUCCACUUGCUAUUAACAUAAAUUCCCUUGUGUCCCCUUCAGGAAUGUCUGUUUUGUUCCUUGUGAUUGCAUUUCAUUUGUCAGCAUUCAUCUUGGGUUAUAUAAUUUCCGGCCUAGCCUUCCACAAAACGCCAGACGUCAAAGCUCUACAAAGAACACUGUCAUAUGAAACAGGCAUGCAGAGCAGUCUUUUGGCCCUUGCUCUUGCAAAUAAGUUUUUCCAAGAUCCUCUUGUUGGUGUCCCUCCAGCUAUAUCAGUUGUGAUCAUGUCAUUAAUGGGCUUCUCACUAGUGAUGUUGUGGACUAAGAAGAAAGAAACUGUCAUGGAGGUUACCGCUAUGGCUCUCGUUUGGCAAUACGGGGAGAAGUCAGGGAAUGAAUCUUGGAAGGGACUCUCCUGGGCAAUGGUGCCCCUGCUGGGAGGAGCACUCUGUGCCUGCACUUGGCAUUUCUUUUAUAACUCGGAGUCUCUUGAGGUAAUAGUGGCUCUCCAAGCGGCUUUGACCGUAAUAGGUAAUGCCACAAUGUGCUUGGCAGCAUUCCGGAUAUACAGAUCAUCACAGAAGCAGUCAAAAAAAUUGUGAGCGUUGUCGAGUCCAGUGUGUACUUUCUCCAGUCUCCUUGCCCCGAUCAGUUUCUGUUUCUAAGUCUAACAGGAAGAUACGAACAUAUGACGCGUAGUGAAAUGAUGUGUAGAACGCGAUGAAGUCGUUGCUUUCAUGGGUAAGAAAUGAGGAGUUUUUAGCAAGAAGAUAUACCAGUGUGCACUGAGCUAUCUCCGGUAGAAAUCAAAAGUGGAUCCAGGAUUUUUUUCAACCUUCUAGGUUUUUAGACUGAUUUUAUUGUACUUCUGAAAUUAUGUGUUCGGGAUAUUUGUUGAGAUUUUAGUGAUGUUUUCACAUAUAUAUAUAUAUAUAUAUAUAUAUAUAUAUAUAUAUAUAUAUAUAUAUGUUUUCUUGCCACGAAAAAAGAAGGAUUCAUCUGCCUCUAGACGAAGGAUCUAAAAUAUGUUUUUUUGUUUUUUUGGUAAUAGUGAAGUUUGAAUCAGUUUGUGCGCAUCUCAGUUAUUUCAUCGAAUACCUAGUACUUCUCACGAAAUUAUGCUCGGACAUUCGAGCGCAAAGUUAUGAACGUUUAAAGUUUCACUAAUAUACAACUACUUUUUCUCCUUAUAAUCGUUAUUUUAUAAUUUUAUGCUAUCAAACUGGAUUUGUAUAACUAUCUAAGUUCAUGCUACAUUGUUUAAAUCAACUACCUAAGUUCAUGCCACAUUGUUUAAAUCAAACAUUCAUAAAUCUUGCUGCUCAAAGACAAAUAUACCGUCAAACAUCACUAAUAAUCGAGCACUUUUCAACCUCUAAAACGACAACCCGAAAUUUUGCCUAUCCUUGAUAUAUUGAGCCUAUAUUAUUAAUCGCACAAAAACAAAUUGGGUUUUACAUAAGAUAUUGAAGUUUCGAAGUCUCAAAGCAUGAUUAAUUUAUAGCUAAAGUACGGAAAAAGUGUGAACAUUUAAACGAAAGAGAGUAAUUGAAAAAAAAAAUGGAAUAACGCAGUAAUUUGCGUUAAGUGUACUUUCAUAUCACUUUUUUCCCUUGGGAUAUUUUGGUUCAUUUCUACAUUUUUUCCUUGGAAUAUUUUGGUUCAUUUCUACUUUUUUUUUUGGGGGGUCAAUUGUGUUCCGGGCUCCUUGUCUAACCUCACGUGUUAAGAAGCUUCACUGGACUCUUUUGUGGGGGAAAGACAACAGGUUACAAGUACUGGUAUUUAUUUUGGUUGGAAAAUUGUGUUUUGCUCAGACAAAAGGUUACUAGUGCAAGUAUUUAUUACGGUUGGAAAAUUGGGUUUUGCUUUUUUCUAAAGUACAUUUAGGACUCCUCCAUUUACUUUUGUCUGCUUUUCCUUUUGUUUCACAUUGGACUUGGUACCUAUUUUGGGGUCCGAUUAAUUUAUAUUAACAUUGCAUGAGUCCCAUUAAAAGGGGAAGCAUUCUCUCGAGUAUGAAGCCUCUGAUGAAGGAAUUAUAUUCAUUCCAUCACAAGUUCGCAACUGUCGAUGGUUUUGCCUGCUUGUUUGAAUAUUAUUUCCUCAUUUUUAUCUACUCAAAGGCAUUAAACAUUAUUAGUGUAUUUAAUUUUAAUACGUUGUAAUAGGUUAUUUAUUUUAUUUUUCAAGCUACUAAUUCCACUUAUUAUGGGUUCUUGUAUUUACUUUUUAGGCGACUGAAAAUU